GAAUAUCAAGCAGUGGGAUCGCUCGGCCAAGCGCGCGUAUCCAUUGAAUUUUCACAACAAGUUCUCGCGAAACAUUUUAAAUUCAAGCACAAAUCAUGAGUGAUCUUUCAGGAUCAGAGAGUGAAUAUGAUCCUGCCCACUUGUCAUCUGAUCAAGAUUCUCCAUGGUCGAAUUCAGAGAGUGAGCAAGAAGAAGAAUUUGCCAGAGAAAAUCAAGUAGAGGCCGGUCCUGAUAUUCCUGCUGGCAUGCAAGCAGCGGGUAUUUUGCCGUACCAAUUCGAGCCCGAGUUCCAACCAGGGGAAGAAAUUCAGAAUGUUGGUGCCAUCCAAGAAAAUGACAUUGAGGGUAGACUUGGAAACAACAAUUGGUGUUCAUGCAGCGGAGGAUGCCAAGCGAUGCCUCGAGUUGUCGAGUCGUACUGCUGCAAAGAAGUGGCUCAGGUAGUGGCGAUGAUGGACCAGUACACUGCUGCAGAACUGAACUGCAUCACAGAGCACCCUGGCUUUGAAGGGGUUUGUUUAAAUCCGUGGGUUUUAGACACUGCAUACUUAGGGUAUCGUCAGCAAUAUGGUGACAGAGCACGGCAUGAUGCAACUGAAAAUGAGAAACACAGGCACGUUGGCUAUCGGCAGCUCGCAAGAUGGUGUUGGGGAUUUCUAGGGAGAUCUGUGCGCGUCCCCCUACCUUCCUGUGCGGUGACUCACAUCCGAGCUACUUAUCCAUCGGACAUUUACAGAGGUUUUGAAGAUGCGUAGACCUUUUUUAUGUUGAUUUCAAUGAAGGCGCCUCUGAAUCAACAGAGACAUACAUGAUUGAUUCCAUGACAAGGACUGGAUGUACUUAAGUCUUAAACAUUUUAUCGAGUGCCAUUAUUUUGUGAUCUCUCAACUAGAAGUACAUGUAAUUUGAAAGAAAUUUUUUGCCAAGUAUACCUGGUGUGUAGAAGAAAAUUUCUUUUUGUCACAUUUUUGACUGAUAAAAAGUCAUAAAGAUUCUGAUGUUUUUAUCACUGUGCUAAAGACAAGCACUCAGAGUUGUUUUAUUAUUGUAUGUUUUGAUGAAAUAACAGGGAAGUGCUGAUUGUAUUUAUUUCUGUUUUCUUUAAAUAAAGGUGUUCAAACCAA